UGUUUUGUAGUCAGUAUGAAUAUGAGGGUGGUCCUGGUCCUCCUGGCUCUUUCCAUUGUCACCAUUUUUGCUCUGGUUUGUGUUCUGGUGACUGGUAGGAGUGCCUCCAGCCAACCUCCCCACUGCCCCUCAAGGACCCCUGUCAGUCAGUUUUGGCUGCAUUCUAACAGGAGUCGGCUCUUCUCAGAUUUGACCCAGGAGGAGUUGGCUUCAGUGAUGCGCUUCCUGACCCAGCAGCUGGGGACAGGGUUGGUAGAUGCAAGCAAUGCCAGCCCGUCAGACAACUGUGUCUACUCAGUGGAGUUACACCUGCCUCCCAAAGCUGCAGCAUUGGCCCACCUGGAUGGGGGAGAACCGCCACCUCCCCGUGAAGCCUUAGUUGUGGUCUUCUUUGGCCAUCAGGCCCAGCCCAAUGUUAGCGAGUUUGUGGUGGGGCCACUGCCGAGCCUGUCCUACCUCCGGGAUGUGACUGUAGAACGCCGUGGGGGUCCCCUCCCUUAUUAUCGGCGCCCUAUGCUGAAGACUGAGUUUGCCCAGGUAUGGAGGCACUUGAAGGAAGUAGAACUGCCCAAGGCACCUGUCUUCCUGACUUCUGUCUUCAAUUACGAUGGCUCUUCUUUGGCACCUGUGCACUCACCUUCUCGUGGUUUUGCAUCAGGGGAGCGUACCACUUGGCUUGCCCUCUACCAGAACGUCUCGGGUGCUGGCUUUUUUCUGCAUCCUGUGGGACUGGAACUGCUGCUGGAUCAUGGGGAUUUGGACCCAGCUCGAUGGUCCAUCCGGAAGGUCUACUUUCAAGGCUACUACUAUGAGGACCUGGGCCAAUUGGAGCAAAAGUUCAAGGCUGGUCAAAUGGAUGUGGUUAGGGUUGCUCCACCCUUACCGGAUGGGGCAUCAUCUUUGAGGCCUAAGGUACCUCCAGGUCCUCCUCCUCCUCUACAGUUCUCACCCCAGGGUCCCCGAUAUAGCGUCCAGGGGAGUCAAGUAGUCUCUCCGUUUUGGACAUUUACCUUCGGCCUUGGGGUAUUCAGUGGCAUGAGGAUUUUUGAUGUAUGCUUCAAAGGGGAGCGGGUGGCUUAUGAGAUCAGUGUCCAGGAAUGUCUCUCCAUCUAUGGUGCUAACUCACCUAAGACAAUGAUGACCCACUACUUGGAUAGCACUUACGGGAUUGGUCGGAACAGUCGGGGGCUUGUUCGGGGAGUGGAUUGUCCCUAUUUAGCUACUAUGGUGGAUGCCUAUGUGCUGGUGGGCCAGGGGACAGCCCAGUUGCUCCCUGGGGCAUUGUGUGUAUUUGAGGAGGCACAGGGGAUGCCCCUUCGAAGACACCAUAAUCAGAUACAGGGUCAUUACUUUGGUGCUGUGGCUGGUUCAGCUCUUGUUAUCCGGUCAGUGUCAUCUGUGGGCAACUAUGACUACAUCUGGGACUUUGUAUUACACCCUCAUGGAGCACUUGAGGGACGGGUCCAUGCCACAGGCUAUGUCAAUACAGCCUUUCUAGGUGGGGGAGAGGAUACUCUCCACUUUGGGAACCGCAUAGGGGGACAAGUUCUGGGGACAGUGCACACUCAUGCCUUUCACUUCAAGCUGGACCUGGAUGUAGCAGGGCUAGGAAAUUGGGUGGUGGCAGAGGAUGUGGUGUUUGAACCCAUAGCUGUACCUUGGAGUCCUGAACACCAGCUGCAGCGUCCACAGCUGACAAAGCAGAUACUGGACAGGGAGAAUAAGGCAGCCUUCCUCCUGGGAGAUGACCUCCCCAGAUACCUCUACCUUGCCAGCAACCACACCAAUACCUGGGGUCACCGCCGUGGAUAUCGUGUCCAGAUCCGUAGUCCUGCUGGAGUACAUCUACCCCAGGAGACCACCAUGGAGAAGGCAUUCAGCUGGGGAAGGUACCAGCUGGCAGUGACUCGCCGAAAAGAAGAGGAGCCACAGAGCAGCAGCAUCUACAACCAGAAUGAUCCCUGGACACCAACUGUGGUCUUUGCCAACUUCAUUGAUGAUGAGCUGCUCUCAGGGGAGGAUUUGGUUGCCUGGGUUACAGCAAGCUUUCUGCAUAUCCCCCACGCAGAGGACGUCCCCAACACAGUGACUUCGGGAAAUGGUGUUGGUUUCUUCCUCAGGCCCUACAACUUCUUUGACGAGGACCCCUCUGCCUUCUCCCCUGAUGCUAUUUACUUUCGGGACGAUCAGGAUGCCAGGGUCUGCGAUGUCAAUCCCAUUGCCUGCCUCCCGGACUUGGCUGCCUGUGUGCCUGACCUGCCUCCAUUUUCCUACUACGGUUUCUAA